AUGGCUGACAGUGGUCUAAAGAGGAAUAUUCCGAUCAAGCUUGGAGAUUUUUCAGUCAUAGAUACCGAAUUCUCGAGCAUCAGGGAGAGAUUUGAUGCCGAAAUGAGAAAAAUGGAAGACGAAAUGAGCAAAUUCAGAUCGGAACUCAUGAAUAGGGAAAGCAACAAUUUCUUUAAAAGCUCCACAAGCACGACCACAUCAUCACAACACAGUGACAGCAGACAGCUCGCCGAGCCAAGCCAUUGGGACAGCUUAAAUUCUCCUCUCAUUCAAGACGAAGGUGACGGCAAAUCUCUCAAGCUAAGAUUCGAUGUCAGUCAAUACACGCCCGAGGAAAUCGUGGUCAAGACCGUUGAUAAUAAAUUACUGGUUCACGCCAAGCACGAAGAGAAGUCUGAGACUAAGUCUGUUUACAGAGAGUACAAUAGGGAAUUCUUGCUGCCGAAAGGCACGAAUCCCGAAGCAAUUAAGUCAUCUCUAUCACGCGAUGGUGUUCUUACAGUGGAAGCACCGCUGCCUCAGCUCGCCAUCACCGACAGAAACAUCCCCAUACAGAAGCACUGA